UUCCUCUAUUAUAUCCCCUGCAUCCCUCUAUUGGAGUGUCGUAUCCCAGAAUUCCAAUGCAUUUGUCACUGGACACUAUGAACAUGGUGGAUGACGCUUGUCUUUCGCCGAGUAACUUCCACGAGAUGGUUAAAGCUGGAGGUGCGGUGAUGGGCACUCGUGUCCACAGCAUUGAUGUCAUCCUAGGCUUCAACAAGGACCAGGAGCCUUUGCUCAACCCUGGAGCCAACGUUGUAACUCAUAAAGUCGGAGUUGGGAAUCUUGGAGAUCUGGUUAAGGAGGACCAGCGGGUGCAGGCAUACGGACACUUGGAGACCCUCAGGAGCGGCACAGAGCAGCCUGAUUUUCAUGAUGGUGAUGUGUUCUCCAACAAGUGCGACGGGAUAUUGGGUGACCUUCGAAAGUCCACCGAAAGUGACAGUAAAUCUCCAGAUUCGGCUGAUGGGGAACAGCCCAAAAAGAAGCACAGACGCAACCGCACGACCUUCACCACAUAUCAGCUUCACGAGCUGGAGCGAGCCUUUGAGAAAUCCCACUACCCUGACGUCUACAGCCGAGAAGAGCUAGCCAUGAAAGUCAGCCUGCCGGAGGUCCGAGUACAGGUUUGGUUCCAGAACCGCAGAGCAAAAUGGCGGCGACAAGAAAAAAUGGACGCCAGCGCCAUGAAGCUCCACGACUCCCCUAUGCUCUCCUUCAACCGCCCGUCCAUGCACACCACCGCGGGACCCAUGAACGGCUCGCUGCCGCUCGACCCUUGGCUCCCCUCCCCGUUAUCCACAACUCCGGUGCACAGCAUUCCAGGGUUCAUGGGUCCCACCCAAGGACUGCAGACAGGUUACCCAAACCACGGUUUCCUGAGCACACCCCAACCGAUGACCCAGAGCAUGCAGCCCAUGGCUCCAUCACCGUACCAAUGCCCACCUCCCUUCACCGACAAAUAUCCGCUGGAGGACAUCGAGCAACGCAGUUCAAGCAUCGUCGCUUUGAGGAUGAAAGCUAAGGAACACAUCCAGUCCAUGGACAAGACCUGGCAACCCAUGUGUUGAGGUUACUAAAUGGUGUCGAAGGCUAGUAAAGAAUUACUGAUUGUAUAACAGAUGGUUUGUCCCGGAUAUGUAGGCGCUGAAUGGGUCACCUGCCAGGUAUUUACUGUAUUUAUUUUUGUUAACCUGGAUAUGAAAACGGCGAAAGAGACAAGCACAACGAUUGAGACUUUCACACAAGUAGUGUUUCGGCUCAUACAUUUUCUGGACAUGUUUUAAAGCUUGUCUACAAACACUUACUGAGAUGUGAAUAAAAGGUCAUGUUUUCCAUCACAUGACCUCUGUCCACACAUCCACACUUUACGGGGAUGAUCAGCCGCUGAUGUUUAAAGUCACAUCGACGAUUGUGAGGAAUAAAUAUGGAAGUUAUAUUUCACAAGACUCAUUUCAUUCGCAAAAGACUUUGAGUAAGAGGCUUUUGUGUGACCUUUACAUAUGUGCUGAAGAAAGCAAUCCAGUGUUACCCUACCAUGACUGUCUCUUGUUUUGAAACAGUUCAUCUGAAUUUGAUCAUUUCCCUUUUAAGAGGGAAAGACUGGGCAACUUUUUUUAACUUCUGCAAAAGGAAACUCACAAAGUUCAAGUUGCCAGACUUUUUCUAGCAAAAUUGUUAUUUGCUGUUUGUUAAACUUCUUACAGACAGCAUGUUGAGUAUCUUAAAUGUAUAGACUGAUUCAUUUUCCCUUUAAAUGAUUUAUAAUGAAUAUUUUUUGUUUGUUUGUUUGUUUGUUUGUUUGUUUCAGAAUGUAUCCAGUCGAGUCAAAGUGUAAUUUUUAUAGGGCCGUUUGGCCCAAACAUUAGUUUACAAACCGAAUAUGUGACUCUUAGAUGACUUGCACACUUGAAAAGCCAAAGUUAGAAAGCAAUACAACAAUCAUGCAUAAAUGUAUAUGUUUGUGAAAUGUUAAGUUGUCAACAGAAAUACGAAUGUGUUUUUUGGUGUUUGUAAUGUACUGUAUCUUAGAGAUUUUUACGGAUGCUCACAAUAAAAAAAAUCUAGUUUGAUAGACCUUUGGUUUCAGUCGACUCGUUCUUAUUCCAGGAAAGGUUGUCUGGCAGUUCAUCACGUGUUUAUGCCAGCAGAGCUAUAGAAAACAAGGUGGAUUUUAUCUCCCCAUCUCUUUAUCUUCUGACCGGUGGCACCGUGCCAGCCCGUUAGGAUGAUGAUGUUCCGGUCAAUCAGGUCGGAGCGGGAGGGGGGCAUCUACGGUUUUCCUAAUUGCCUCCUGACGCUCCUGUUGAGGCACAUGUUCAUGGUGACUGGUGCUCGGAUGUAUUCAUCAUGUGUGAGCGAUGCUCUCAGACAGAUGGGGGACCACGGGGGCCAUAUGGUUUCCAAAAAAACUGUGCUGGGAAAGAGCAAGAGGGUACGAAUGUGACG